GGAAAGUAAUUUCUAUGUUGUGUUUCUACUUUCAUUUCAUGCUGAAAAAAACCCAAGGGGAAUUUCUUUUUAUAACCCAAUAUAUAAUUUUAACUGUAAACAAACCAAACAGAUAUUUGGAUUUUAAGAACCUAUCAAAAGAAUACGGAAAGGAUAUACUAAAUGAGUCGCCAGACUGGACCCUCACCUAGUGUAGGAGUGUUCGGUAUUUCCCUAGGGUCCACAGUACCCCAAGACGAGACCCAGGGGAGUCACUUCCUCCAAACACUCAGAGAUCUCGAGAAUCAAGUAAAUGUGCGACAAGCAGAAAUUGAAAUACUGAAAGAUAAGUUGAUCUCUUCGGAAGCCGAUGUUUUAAUUAAAAAAGGAGCCCUAGAUGAACUCGCCAAAGCACAAGAAGAAAAUCGAGUUCUGAGGAUACUUGCUUUGGAUGGAAAAAAAUGGAGGGAUCAAGCAAAUGAAUUGAGUCGGGAAAACGAUCGUCUGCGACAGCUUACCGAAGAUCUCACUUUGGAGAGCAGGCGACAGCGUCAAAUCGUAAAUGAACAAGAAGAGAAGAUGAAUCUGUUGGUCAUGAUGUUUGACCUGAAAGACAUGGAGCUGCGCCAAGAGAGGGAGACCAAUCUCCAGCUGAAGAGGAAACUGAAGACGUUGUUCAGUCCCGAGGAGACCCCGGAGCGCCAUGGCCGCUUCAAGCGCCAGUCGCUGAAGGAUUGUUCUCGCUGCCACGCCGAGAUCUCGACGACCGCACUCUGUAGAUACCACCCGAAAAUACCCGUUAAACUGGACGGGAAAUUCUACUUCCCCUGCUGUCAGAAAUCCGGGAUAAGGGAGCCAGAGGGUUGCCAUCAUGAUGGUCAGCAUACCGUCGUUUUCGCUUCCUGAAAUGGCCCCCUACCCUUCCUUUCUCCACCCCUCUAAAAAAAGCUCAAGACGAGUAUUAUUGAACUUCGUAUGGCAAGACUUUCUGAAAGUUUUAGAGUAUUAUAUUUUUGCUGGUAAACAGACGAUAUAGUAUUAGACGAUGUAGUAUUAGCCCUCUGUUUUAAUUUCUCGCUUUGUUCAGUUGUGUACUUAUAAUAAGAUAUGAAUUUUUAACUCUCAUAUUUGGAACCAAUACUAUAUAUGAAGGUUGUUAGUAUUUCUUACAGUUAUGAAUGGUGAAAAAGCUCAACAGAAUUGUCUUAAAUUACUGAUUAAGGGCCAUAGUUUCAAUGGCAAUUGAAAAUUGUUAAUUAAUGCAGAAAGAACUUUGUUGUUUGCUUGUCAGUUCGCUGUACAUAUUAGCUUAGACUUACUAGGAAAAUUUGUGCGUAGUUAAGUAACUGGAUAUUCAUAUAUGUUUGCUAGUACUAGAACUUUUCCCGCGAUCGAGUUCGAACGUAUGAUCAUGACAUCAAAACUGAAAGAUAUUUACAUAU